AUGCCACUGAAAGCCUGGGUGUAUCGUGAUGGAUUUGCUCGGCUUUCCAACGCGGGGUUUUCCCUGGAUUCCAUCGAUGACCAGUGUAUGUGAAAUUUUGCUCCACCUGGGCUUUUGGUUUAAAAGACUAUCCCUUAGCCGAACCUGAUUUUUACAGAACAUGAUACCUUCUCGACUAAUGAAGGUAAAACCGUAGGAUGCGGUUAAGCGGUAGUCCACUGUUUCAAAUUUUCGUCACGUAAAGAUUUUGAUAUAACGGUUUUUCAGUUCAUUCUACGUUCUUAUGACAGAAAUUAAAAUAAAGUUCCACGCAUAUAACUAGCAUAACGUCUUGUUUAAUACGUACACGACCAACACUUGAUCUACUUUUUUGUGUGCAGCAUACUUUUUAUUUAUUUCACGUACUUUUACUCGAAAACAAAAAAUCUUAGCUACUCUCACUCUUUUAAUGAACAUUAAUUCCAAGUGCAUACUAAAUUACUCGUUUUCCUACACACAAAGCCAUCUGAACAGACCAAAAACGGGAAUGGGGCAGUUUUGGCACUUCUUGAACUCACGCCUGCAAGUAUUUCUCUCAAGUUAAGCUGUUCAAAUUUACUCAGAUUUAACAGUCUUCAAACAAAAUUCUAAAUCAUAACUUGCCAGUGGAACGCUCGACUUUGAUAACUCUCUACUAUGCCGUUCUAGAAUUGAACUUCAGAUUUAUCCGGGUCGGAAUUAUGCUAAUGCCGACUAACAAAUGACUAGGAGUGGUUUUUCCCCAAGGUCUCUCCAUUUGGCAAUAAACCGACUGCCGCAUGUUUGUUAGCCAAAUGUGCAUACAUAAAACAGCUUUCAUGCCGCUCAGUUCACAUGUCCACUUCAGCUUAUCGUGCAUCUGACAGUAGCGAAUUCACUUUACAGUGAGGAGUCGAGUUUGUUUAACAGGAUGAGAUAGGUGAGUUAGCGAAUUGGUUUUAAGACCGGUUCGUUUUUCUCGGGUCAUGGAAAUUCCUCAUGUUAUUCAUUGUCUUUUUUAUAUGUGAUAUUUUAGAUUUUUUCAAAAUGUAACUGUACCUUCAAUUUUUCUUGAGAAAUAGUUCUAAAUAACGUUUAAAUAAAGAACGUUUGUACAUAAACUUUUUUCACCAGUCUUUUGCCAACACUUUACCUACGAAACUGUGCAGCAUCGGCACACGCUCGUUUCCUGCUAAUAAGUCUUGGGUUUCUCCUUUUGUAUCGACCAGCUAAUUAUGGAUUUCCAAUUACUUUAUCCUGUUUGUCGACUCUUUUUGACCUGUAGAUGUUCACCUGACAAAUGUGGCUAUCCAGAAGUCUGCACCAGAUUAUGAUGCGGACAGAGGUCUGAAGUGGUCCGUCUGUCGGUUACGUCGCUUCCUUCUCGCAAAACAUGGCUAUAAAAAGGCAAGUUAACACAAGCCCCCAAGACCAUCUAAGCCUACCACCUUGGGGGCGUACAUGCUCCUCUAGAAGUUUUGGACUUACUCGUAUGACCAAUGUGGCUUGCUUAAAUAUCAUGACCAAAUCAAUAAAGGAAGAUACAUGGCACAAAUUGGUAGUCCAAGAAGGAAACAUGGAGGUGUCGGAGAGAAAUGUGGUCACUGCGUGCCUUCUUGGUCAGCCGAAUCCAUCGUACAUUGUUCAAAACCGAACUACAAAACAAAGAAGGGCAAAAUCAAAAUGUCAUUAGAAAAAGAUAAACCUUGUUCCCGAUCUAUAUUCUCUUCAUUGUCUAGUGCUGAUAUAAGUCUGUUUGGGAAGUUAUCCGUAGUAAGGAUUUGCCUGGGUAAUCAAUCGGUCCGUCCGUAAGAAUGUGUGGCCUGUGAGGUGACUUUCAGCGUAGUCGUUCGUCGACGUGUCCUGUAGAUUGAGAUGAUACUCGAAUAGUUUUUGUCAUCCUCACUAUCAGUCCCGUUAGGUUUACUGUGGCCCCUCCAUCCCCAGUUCUGCAGGCCUUGAUAAGUCCAAGGGAAGUCACUGAAACGGAAGGAUUGAGUAAAUUAAAUAACUACAGCUCUGUCAUCUUUUCAGGCCAAGCAGGUAGGCAAACACUUAUCGGGCAAAGCUGACAUCGGGAAAGCUGACUGAAGUCUUGAUCUCAGGAAGUCCUUUAUCUACACUAAAAUAGUCUCCGGUGUGGUUAUCUCGCCAGCAUAACCCUAGAAACAAGCCCGGUCCAUAGGUCACAGACUACAAUCCGACACUUAAUUUUGACAUUGCUUACUGAGCCUCUCAUUCGCUUCCCAAGUUCGUGAAAAAAUCUAUUGCAAUUACGUGUGCGGCCACUUUAGAAAGACCAAGGUCAAAUGAAAAGUCGUUGUACGAACAUCAUCUGACGAUACGGAGACUAAGGCCCUAUACUAAAACUACAACUCCCACCGGAUGGACUAACCAUAAAUUUGACUCAUAGUGAGCGACUGCUAUGGACUACAGCAGUUCACACGCCAAACACACACCGGAAGCCUGUUUUAUAGGUUCCGGUUCAGUCAGGCCGCGCCUUGACACCCUACUGAAUGGCCCGUUUUUGGAUGAGAGUUGCUUCAAAGCUCACUGAAUAUUUUGUGGAUUUUAAAGGUCGAACAACUGUUCCGGGAUAUCGAUACUAUCUUCGUGGCCAGUCUUUUAAGCGUGCAAAAGAUAAUGAUUCAUGACAAGCACUGUUUCGAACUCUACGGCUACGAUAUUCUCUUGGACACCGAUUUAAAACCCUGGCUUCUGGAAAUCAAUUCUUCGCCGUCCCUUACGGCAAGCUCCCCAGAGGAUCGGCAACUGAAGGUAAAGCCCUUUUGCUUCUCAAAUCAAAAAACAGACUUUGAGCUACUGGUUUCUAUAGAAAUGAAACCGUCCUACAGAUCAGAGGGCGCUAGAUUUGUGGUCAUUCAUGCAUAACUGUUCGGGUAGCACUGCUUGUUCUGCUAUAGUAAUUGGGACAACUUAGUUGCGAGGCUAACAUGAAGGCGGGCGUUCUGUAUUCCAUCCGCUUCUUCAGUAAUUUUGUCUAAAAUGAACCGCUCUCAUCUUAUCUGAAAAAAAGGUGUUUUUGUUUUACCCGUAUGGAAAGCGACCUUUCGGACAGAAGUUGGAUUCUGGUCCUGCACUUUCCUGGAGAAAAGUUCUUCUAGUUGUCCAAGGCAUCUACGCAACAUAAGUCACUUUUGUGUCUUAUUUGAGCACAAGAUCGCGCUAAGAAUGUGAAUUUAAAGUCUCGAAGGAAGUAUCCUUUGAUAUCUUUUAAUAGCUAAGUGCUGAUCUCAUGGAAAUCAGCCCUCAGACUACGCAGUACUCACCAUAAAUUAUCUGUUUUACAGUUUCUACCUCAAUUGGCUUGCUGAUUAGAUGUUUUUCCUACACCUCAAGUUAUUCAUUUCCUUGCUGAUCGUCUCUCUUGAUUUUAAAUUGCUAGUAGUACGCCCAUGUGCAUAAAGCGUUCUCUGAACCGGUCGAGUAGCCAGUUAGUGUCUUACACGCAAAACCUUCGUUUAUAUAGAACACGGAAAACAAGGAGUGACGGACGAUUGCCGUCGAUACCACGAAUACAGUGUUUGAAUGAAACAAUAUUUCUACAGCAACAUAAUAAUGGGUAAAAGUCACUGAGUACGAAAAUUUGAAGCAAAGACUACUUGCCAAACUCUGUCUACAUUCCGACGGAGCCUUGCCAGUCUGACAACCAAGAGGAGUGUGUUUUCUGAAGCUGCGCAUACUUGGGCCAUAUUUCGAGAAACAGACGACGACAGAGAUACAGUUCCAAAUGCCACGCUUUUAGCAUUCCGUAACUAUGCAUCUUUCGAAAUAUUCCGAGAGGCUUAUGACCUUCCCUUAAGCCCAUAAGUACUGCAAAGCUCCCAUUAAAAUUCCAUCAAGAGGUGACACUAGCUUUUUGAUUCCACAAGCAUGAACAUCAUCAAUAAGAGGCUCUAUUACAUAGAUGAAACGUCUGAAUACAUCGGCUGACAAGAAUAAAUGGUUGAUCACGAAAAAGAGAUCACGAGGACAGUGUCUAAUGAUUUAACUAAAGUGUAUUAAAACGUUACACACUCUGAUAUAACAAUUUUGAAAGGAGGAAGCUUGAAGAAAGUAAGCUGUUCGGAAAAUUCAACGAAAUGUAUUUCGCAAACUUUCGACGUAGGUUCCCCAGGUCCUCGCUGUACAUGUAUGAACUGCGCAGGAUAGUUAAGAGAUAAGGACAGAAACACUGAUACAGGAUGGCAGCUUCGUUGCUCAGCAUCACUUCAAGACCAAGGAUAUUAGUAUCUCUAAAUUAGCGUUUGUUAUGCUAGGAGAACAGCGUUCUCGGUAAGUGUUCCUCAGAGUAAUCGCUCUGGCGUCUGAUAUAAUAUCAGGAUUAGAGAUGUUUGCCGAAUGUCAAAUUUUCUUUAUAUUUAAGACUAUUUGUGGAGUGAGUUCCGCCUUGCUCAUUCUUUAAACAUAAUUGCUGCUAUUAAUACAGAUCAUUUGCCUGUUAAAACCUCUAUACUGAUAGAACCUGGGUACUGUGUAGGAUUGCCGGCACUGUCGGGGGUGUGGAUGAGAUUUUCCAUAGUUUUUAUGAGAUGAGGAUCUUUAUCUGCCAUUUUUUGCAAAGAAUUGUGUUGAGGCCCAAGUGACUUAGUCCAAUAUCCAGUUUACUGUAGAAACGUUCCACUGUGUCAACUAACUCAGGUCGAUGCUGUCCAUUGUUUGUCUUUGGGGCGUUUGUAGAUGUUUCUGUACCAUAUAAUGGUUGGAUUGUAAGAAGGAAGUAGAAAGUCCGUUAGCGGCUGAAGAGUUAGCCACCGUCUUUUUCGGGCUUACUUGGUGGUUGCUAUUUGUAGGUUCUCGAUAGACGUUAGUUAAAAAUGGGCACCCACAGAUCACUUAGUUAAGCUGUUUGGAAUUGGAACUCGCUCGUGUCAAUUUCCUGAUCCUUCACGAACUCGAUGACGUCGUCAGCAGAUCCGAAAUGCGUCUUCAUCAUGAAAGAUAUGUCGGCAACGUCGCCGCUCACAUUUUCGGAGAAUUGGAAGCUUGACUGGGUAAAUAUCUCAGUUUCUGUCAAUGAAUAAUGUGACGCCUAUAAGUCAAGCCGUUAAGCAAUUCCCUCACAUUUUCUCCUCAAUCGAUGGAUAUAUCGAUCCGGCUCAUAUGAAAAAGAGUUUAUUUACGAUCGCUUUUUUUCUUGGAAUUCGACAUUCAUUUUCCACUUGUGGUCUGUAAAGGGGAUUAUGCAAACACUGACCCGAAAAAUGAGGUCAAGUCUCCAAAAAGAUAAUCAAUGUUGACUUGCAUUUAGCCGGCAUUAACAUCCCUGUCUUUGAUUAUUAUUACUAGAAAUGACAAAAAUGUUAUUUAUUAUGUACCGACAGUGUGAGUUGCAGUCAUAAAGCAAAGUUCAAGAGCGAUGUUCGGGCGCAUGCGAUUGGUUGAUCCUUACAGCUGUAUCCGCGGCUGUAUGCACGGCAAUCCUUAAUCGACCAUGUUAAUGAGAUAAUGGCCGUUUUCAGACCUAAACUAGCACCCGAAUGCAAACAUUUUGCAUGAUAAGUGGGCCACAGUGUUACUGGCACAAUAUAAGCCCGUUUUCCUUACUGGCGAACAAACUUACCAAUCAGCGCAUCAACAUUCAAUACGAAAUAGAAAUUGCGAGCUCGCAUAUUAGUGUUCGCGGUUUUUCGACGUAAAGACUAUCUUCUCCCCAAAGUAUGAGUAUUUUUGGAAGUAUCUACCACGCUUAGUACUUACUGAUUUUGGACAUCUCAGCUGUGAGCAACUACUCUGAUAUUGAGCAGUCUAGUUUCAAACUUCCAAUUGCAGCUUAAAUUACUGGACGAUGUCCUCAGCAUUGUCGACAUGGAAGGAAAACUGUCUGGACAGGAGAAGCGUGUCGGAGACUUUGACCUCUUCUGGGACGACGGACCAGUGGCACCCGUGGGUACUUCCUCUCAGGUUUGGCUGUCGGAUGUCCUUAGCAUUCUUUCCAACUCCAGUAUCGCGGGCUCAAAUGGCCAGCCAGGCGGUCUGAAGGCAGGGCAUAG